AGUGAUGGUUGAUAUUUCAGCCGGUGUGAUCGUCAGCUCAGAUGACGUUAGCUGCUCGGUUAGCUGCUCGGUUAGUGAACCGUUAUCUGAAUGUAAAUAACGGCAGAAAAACAAACCGUUGCAGUUCAGUUUAGUAAACAAACACCGGAAGCUGCUGCUGCCUGCUGGAAAUGAAGCCGAGAAGAAGAACAGACGUGCAGCAGCAGGAGGACCCCCCCCACACACACAUUAAAGAGGAGCAGCGGGGGAGCAGUGAAGAGUACGAGCAGCUUCCUGUCACAGAAUUCACCUUCAAGACUGAAGAAGAAGAAGACGUCCAGCAGCAGGAGCCGGAGCCCCUCCCACACAUUAAAGAGGAGCAGCUGAAGAGCGGUCGGUCAGAAACAGAAUUUCAUUUACCUGAAACUGAGAAGUCUGAAGACUCUCCAGAGUUUAAGACUGAAGCCAGCGAUGAGAGCAGAGAACUGUCCGUCUUGAACUCCCUCAAGAUUAUACAAGUCCCCGUCACCAAAGCUGGCAAGAAAACAUUCAGCUGCUCUGAGUGCUGCAAAGUAUUUGGUCGCAGCCCGCACCUAAAGAUACACAUGAGAACCCACACAGGAGAGAAACCCUUCAGCUGCCCCUUCUGUGGGAAAAGCUUCACACAGAAAGUCAAUCUGACGUAUCACUUGUCCGUGCACACAGGAGAGAAACGCUUCAGCUGUCGCUCCUGUGACCAGAGGUUCACCUGGUACACGCAGCUCAAGAGCCACCAGUGUGUCUGCGAGGCCACGCAGCUCCACCACAGCCUCACCGAGGAGAGCCAGGUCGCAGAGAAACCACUCAGCUGUUCCGAGUGUGGGAAAAUAUUUAGCCGCAAGGACAAUCUGAACAUACACAUGAGGAUUCACACCGGAGAGAGACCGUUCAGUUGCUCCGUGUGCGGGAAAAGUUUCAAGCAUGGCGGACAUCUGACACAACACAUAUCCGUGCACACCAAGGAGAACCGCUUCAGCUGCAGAGUCUGUGACAGAAGAUUCACGUGGCUUUAUCAGCUCAAGAGACACACGUGUGGUGGGGAAUCGUCCAAACGUCACAGAGUCCGGAGCAAGUUCCCAUCAACUGUCCCUGUGAAGACUAAAGAGGAAGAGGAACCUCAGUCCUCACAGCUGGAAACAGAAGCUGAUGGAGAGGACUGUGGAGGACCAGAACCAGCCAGGAACUCAGAACCAGAGAGACAUUUAGAGGCUGAGGCUGGAGACUCUCCUGAACAUAAUGUUGACGAUGAUUGGACGGAGCCUCCGUCAGGGUUAAAUGCUGAUGCAGGAUGUAAGAAAACCUUCAGCUGCUCCGACUGUGGGAAAAUAUUUGGCCGAAAGGAACAUCUGCAGACUCACGUGAGAAUCCACACUGGAGAGAGACCAUUCAGCUGCUCCGAUUGUGGGAAAACAUUUGGCUGUAAGAGGUCACUGCUUGGCCACAUGACAAGCCACACGGGAGAGAAACCCUUCAGCUGCUCUCAGUGUGGGAAAAGAUUUGGCCGGAUGGUAAAUCUGAAGACUCAUGAGAGGCUUCACACGGGAGAGAGACCGUUCAGCUGCCCCUUCUGUGGGAAAGGUUUCACACAGAAGGUUCACAUGACCCAACACAUGGCCGUGCACACGGGGGAGAAACAGUUCAGCUGUAGUAUUUGUGAUAAAACGUUUACGUGGCUGUCGGGGUUUAGACGACACAAGUGUGGCAACGAGCAGUCGGAGCUGGACGAGAGCCAAGCAGAGGAGAAUUUGGAGGUAGAACCGGGAGAGAAACCAUUUUGCUGCCGUCAGUGUGGGAACAGAUUCAAUCACAAGCACAACCUGAAGGCUCACAUGAGAAUUCACAGCGGAGAGAAACCCUUCAGCUGCUCCGUCUGCACUAAAGGUUUCACUGCGAGUGGCGCUCUGAAGAAACACCUGAGAACUCAUUCAGGAGAGAAACCGUUCAGCUGCUCCGUCUGCGGCGUGAGAUUCACACAAGGAGGGAAUCUGAAGCGGCACAUGGCGCAGCACACGGGAAAAACACGAGAGAAACCGUUCAGCUGCUCCGUCUGUGGGAAAAACUUCACACAAGUGUCAAACAUGAAGCGACACAUGGCGCAACACGCCACGACUGAAACAGGAAGUGAAGUGGUGGGCUGUUCAGAUCUGACAAAGGAUCUGCAAAUUAUCACUGACUGUAAAGCUUCUGACAACUGACAGGAGAUAAAUAUAUUUAACGUGUUAUUAUCGUUUAUUGUACAUUUGUAUUUGUGUAAAUAAUAACAGGUUACAUGAAUUUAUUAAUUGUUUGGUCUGUAAAAUGUCAGAAAAUAUUGAAUUCUAAGGUAACGUCUUCAAUAAAGAGAUUCAGUUUAUUAUCAAAAAUGAUAAUUAUAGUCUUUAAACAUUCUUUUUCGAAUUCUGUCAAUCGAUGAAUCGUUGCAGCUUUGAAGACUUUCAUCAGUCCGACCUCAGAUCAGCUGUCAGUCAGCUAAUAACUUACAAACUGUUUUCUACAUAAAGAACAAGACGGCAAAGAUAUCCUUAUUCAGAAUAUCGUGUAUUGUUAAUUAUUAGAGUUCAUAUUACACAUCAGUGCCCUGAUGGCUCAGGUUGGCCUUACAUUUAAAAAGAUGUGUAGCACUCUCUGUCUACAGCCAGGUGAACUAAGAGAGGAGAAGAGACAAGUAGCAGGCUCACAGCUGUGUAUUGCUACAACCAAAAUAAAUGUCUGCCUUUUCAGGCGCUUUCAAAUAACGCUGGCUUGCUUCCGUGGCUCUCUCAGGCUCCGCGUACUCCGUGAGGGUCUGGUGGCUCCACGGACAUCCAGGACCCAGCCGAUUGCAAAAGAUCCAGAACCAGGCCAUGUGGUUACCCGGCCUGUGGAUCACCUUGAAGUUGAACAGCUGAAGGCCAGAUACCAACGGGUGAUCCGGGCAUUGGCAUCCUUCAUGCAGUGGAGCCCAACUCGGGAGAUAACAUGCAACAGUGCCUGCCCCAUACUCUUUGCAGAGAUGUUACGCAGCUGCACUGCCUUGUAUAAUCCACGAGAACCAACACAAAGCGAUAGCCCCGUGCACUCCGGUCUAAUGGCCUGAUGAGGUCAAUGCCAAUUCUUUCGAACGGAACCUCCAUUAACGGUGCUUUUGGGGUUACCCGCGGGUUAACCAGCUGACAUUCGCAGCAGAACGCACACCAGCACCUCGCAUCCACGCGAAUGCCCGGCCAAUAAAAUCGGGCCAUGAUCCGGUUGAGUGACUUGUCGUACCCUAGAUGACAAGAAAUGGGGUUAUGAUGAGCAGCCUGGAAAACUGUUUCCUGGCGGCUCUUCGGAACCAACAACUGUGUAUUUACCUCCUCUGUUUCUGUCUCACGGCUCACACGGUACAGCCUGUCCCUAAUCACCGAAAAGUGGGGGUGUGUCAGUGCGGCAUUCGGGUGUAGUGGGGAGCCAUUCACAUUCACUACUUGCUCGAAAGUGUGACGGAGGGUCUCAUCUCGAGACUGCUCGAGGGGAAAGUCCUCCACCGGACGUAACGGCGGAGACAGGGGAAGCUCAUCACAUGCCUCCUCCGGCCCCACACUCCCCUUGCUGGUGUUCGCCGCCUCCGUCUCCCCAUUGAACACCGCACACAACUUACAUUUCCCUAUCGCACGUGAAUGCACCCCCCAGUCUUCCCCGCUAGCCUAUCAAACCCCGGCCAAUUGGUUCCCAGGAUCAGGGGGGGCAUGAGGCGAGUACUAUCUCCAGCCUUAACUUUAUGCUUUUUCCCCUUAAAUUAAAUUAUAAGGGUCAUCACCGGGUACUCAUGAAUAUUCGCAUGCACACACCUCACCUUCACCCACGACGCCUCCAGCAACGCCCCAGGCCGAACCAAGCGCUGGUUGAUCAUGGUCUGCGUCUAGUGGCGCCACGAUCCAAACCAACUGCCCCACCUCCAUGACCGGACAGUCCCGCCGGGUUUGGGUGGGCUUGCCGCACUGCCAGCACCCCUGCCCUGGCAUUUGAGGAGCCCUCAAAGGUCCUGGGGGGAAGAAAACAAAGAAAACUGGGGAUGACGUGCCCAACGACGUCCUCUGCGGAGCUGGUUCCCGGCUGGAGCCAGCGCCUGCGUCAAGCUGCUGAGCGAAGGCGAACGGAUGGCCCGCGUCCUUGAAGGGUGUGCUCCGGAGCCGGCGGCAGUGUCCCCCCGGUGUGCUGCUCAGUCGAUCCAGAACCGUCCUCCGGAGCUGGUCGUAGCAGUGCCUGAAGGACGCUGGUAAGCUGUGUGCCGCUUGUUGGGCUUCCCCGGACAGCAGGGGAAGCAGCCGCACUGUCCACUCCUCCUUCGGCCAGCCACACGCCGCUGCCGUACCCUCGAAGAGGUCAAGGAAGGCCUCUGGGUUGUCUUCCCCCUUCAUCUUCUGUCGUCCGAUCGACAGCGGCCGGGCCGGUGCUUCUCCUGAAGCACCUGCCCCAGCGGACUUUUCUCCUCCUCUGACAUGUCCCACUUCAGGCGCCAGUUGUAGCACUCCCUGUCUACAGCCAGAUGAACUUAGAGAGGACAGGAGACAAGUGGCAGGCUCACAGCUGCCUUAGAAAGAUGAUAUGAGAAUAUGAGUUUCAUAAAAUCACCAGAAGGAUUUCCUUCCGAUGUUUUAAGGGACAACCUUUAUAAGUCGCUCACACCUGCGGAACAUGCCUGCUCGGCUCCGGUGUCAAUGUGAGGCAUUUUGUUGUUGCAGUAAUCUUCCAGGUGACGUAAUGAUGCUGGAUGUAUUUCCUGUAGCUGUGACUCCAUUUUGUGACCUUUAGUUCAAGGUUCCUGUGUGCCAGUUCUCACACAUUAUGUUUGAAUAACAAUAAUCAUGGCCAUUAAAUCUGACGCAGUAUUAAUAAUAAUAAUUUGUAUUUGUAUAGCACCUUUCAUACAAGCAUUGCAGCCCAAAGUGCUUCACAGCAAAAACAUAACAAUUAGUACAAGAUUAGACAGAAUAAGAGCAU